AUGGCGGCAGCCGCUUCGGCCGCAGCCCCUCUGGUCACCCACGGACAGAGGCUGGCCAUUUUGCCGGCGGUCUAUGGUAUCGAUGACCUGCGAGAAGCCAUUGCCUUGUAUGACACCAUUGUGCUGAUGAAAGUAAACCGCACAUUGUUGGACGCGCUGGCUAACCUGGAACGGUUGGGCCUGGCAGGACGAACCAUUUAUGUCCGGCGGGCGAGCACCGAAAGCGAACGGGUGGUGCAGAAUAUCCAGGAAUUAACUUCGGAAGACCUGGACUAUUUUUCGCUACUCAUCAUCAGGCGAUAG